UUGUUGAUAUUGACUGAAAAAGCGAGACACGCUGAUGGAGCACGAGUUUUGACAGUUGGUGGUAAACGUUUUGCCGUUUAUAUGGUUUUGCCAAACGUUUAUAAAAUAUCGUCGAUAGCUAGUGAUUACUACUCCAACCAAGUAGAUGUAUGUAAUUUGUAAUUUUUCAAUUUCAACAAUGUCAUCAUGCAUGUUUCAACAUCUUCUGUCAUCCGUGCCAUCCAGCAAGGCGCCGUGUUCAACUGUCAUUGGUAAUUUGUCUCCGAGAAUCUGAGAUAUUUUCAAUGAAAAUUACAAUAAAUUCUGUUAUUAUAAUAGCGUGUUGAGGAAUUUCUACCAAUAACUUUAAAAUGUGCUGUGCUGUGCAUUAGUGAAAUAUCUGUUCUGUAAUUAUAUUUUGUGUUUUACCAUGCCUAUCACCGGCUAUAGAAUUGUUUUCUUAUUUUUGGCUUUUGCCUGUCUUGCGUCGGCAACAAAUAUUAAUCCAACUAAAAGGGAUGACAAGAAAUCAAAAUCUGUAACUAGUUUUGUUAGUGCUAAAUGGGAAGCAACUCCCAUUGUGUUGGAGCUAGCAGAAUACCUUGCUGAAGAGAAUUCAGAUUUAUUUUGGUCAUUUGUCGAUGGGAUAAACUCACUAAAAACAAGUUUGGAGAGUUUGGAAAACGAUAAACAAGUUUAUGAUGCGAUCGUCGGAGUGGCCAGCACGCUUCUGGCUCCUCCUCAGUUGCGGAUGGCUAAGCUGGCACUGUCCAUGCAUAUGACUUCACCGGCCGUGCACAUGUUUGAUCAGAUUGCUACCAGAGAUGGUGCCAAGGAUGUUUCCUGUGAUGUAUUUGUUUCUAUUGCUAAAAGAAAAGUCUGUGAUAAUAAUGUAUUGAGAGAUAUCCUCAAAACAUAUGACCAAUAUGAACCAGAAGAAAAUAAGCAAGAGACAUAUCUUUUAGACCAUUCAUAUCCUAGUAGUGAUAACAGAAGUCUCACUGCCAUAUUAUAUGGAGAGCUUGGAAUGAAUGAAUUUGCCACAAAACAUAAAAUAUUGGCAUCAUAUGCAGAUAGAGGAGCUAUAAACUAUGUUGUGCGAUGGAAUGUCAAGCAAAGGUCCAAACCCAAACUUAGAUUGUCUGGUUAUGGAGUCGAACUACAGCUAAAGAGCACUGAGUAUAAGAGUCAAGAUGACUCCACUCCAAAAGAAUCAGAUGGUGGUGAUGCCCCAUCACCUUCAGAGGAAGAGGACGAAAAUGAUCCACAGAACCAAAUUGAUGGCUUUAAUUUUGCUAGACUCAAGAACCUGUUCCCUGCUCUACGCACUCCGUUGGAGCGGUUCCGGCGCCACCUGUCGGAGUCGAGCGAGGAGCUGGCGCCGCUCAAGGUGUGGCAGAUGCAGGCGCUCAGCAUGCAGGCCGCGGUCGCCGUCGCUGACGCUCACGACUCUGGUGGCGACGAAGCCCUGAAAGUGCUCACUUCCAUCGCACAAAAUUUUCCAAUGCAGACAAAAUCGCUGAUCCACAUCAACGUGCCGCGGUCGUUCCGCGAGGAGGUCCUAUACAACCAGGACGUAUGGGCGUCGUCGUUAGGGCUCCGCCCCGCCGAGCCUCUGUUGCUGGUGUCGGGCGCCCAGUACGAUGCGGAGGAAGUCGACGUCAUGGCGCUGCUGGCAGCCCUGCGAGAGGACAUCGGACCGAUGAACACUCUGCAUUCUCUAGGUCUCUCCAAGAAACUGAUCAACACGCUAAUGUCCCUGGAUUUGGGCGAGUCCUACACCUGGGAGGAGUAUGGUCUGGACAUCCGGGACUCCGCAAUCACGUGGUUGAACGACCUUGAAGCUGACGAGCGCUAUCGACGCUGGCCCUCCUCCUAUAUGGACCUUCUACGGCCUACGUAUCCAGGCAUGCUUAGGAAUCUGAGGAGGAAUAUUUAUAAUUACGUAAUAGUGGUGGACCCCACAUCGUUCGCGUCAGGUCCUCCCCUGAAGCUGGGCGAGACGCUCCUCCGUCACGCGACGCCCGUGCGCGUCGGCCUCGUGCUGGCGCCCGGGGCUUCCGCCCUCAACGCUGCCGUGCGAUCCGCUUUCAACUACGUCGCUCAAGACAAGAACUCCAAUCGAGAGGCCUUUUAUUUUAUAAGUCAGCUUCUAAACCUGAAAGACCAGACUCUCACUAUUGACUUAGUGAAGUCACAGUUGAGGAAGGGCGCUUCCUCGGGCGCCAAUAUCGAUGAGAUCGUCGCCGAAGAUUCGGAGUACAACUUCGGCAACCAGCUGGCCGAGGAGUUUGUGGCCAAAAUCGGCACGAACAAAUAUCCACAGGUGCUUAUCAACGGCGUGCCGCUAUGGGAAGAGGGCGCCACAUCUCUAUCAUCAGUAGAGCUGUUGGAAGAGGCGCUAGUGUCGGCCCUGUCUCGGCACACGGCGCGGCUGCAGCGCGCGGUGUUCAGAGGAGAGCUGGCGGACUCCGACGACGCUGUGGACUAUCUCAUGAAGCAGCCGCAUGUCAUGCCCAGAUUGAACCGCCGCAUCUUGGGCUCGGAGACAGCCCAGUACCUGGACUUGACUGGAGUCCCGUCCUCCAGCGAGUUGUUCUCCGAAGACAAAGUGCACAAACUUAUGCAUUUGACUGGUCGAGAUGCCCUGGCGACUGCGUUGCCACUUCUAAAGUACUUCACGAAGGCCGGCAAGACGGAGAAGGUGACGCAGACCAUUUGGGUGGCUGGAGACCUCAACGACCAACGCUCCAGGGAACUGCUGAGGAAUGCCAUCACUUUUAUGCGUGAAUCGGGCGGUGUUCGCGUAGCGUUCAUUCCGAACGUGGAAGGCACUGGGGCGGAGCAAUCGCUGAACAAAGUGGUGCUGGCCGCGGCGACCACUCUGGAGCCCCGCCAGGCCACCAAGUACGUCGCUCGGCUGCUCGAGGACGAGGGCUGCCACGAGAGGCAGGACUGCGAGAUACUGCCUGAAUUAGUGCCCGCUCUGAACAAAUACGAGUGGGUGCUGAAGGCGUCGCGAGUGUUAUGCGCCCGCAGCUUCAAGUUGCGCGCGUCGCAACGCGCCGUGUUCCACAACGCAAGGGUCAUUGGCCCCUUCGAGGAUAACGAAUCGUUCGCGCUUGACGAUUUCCUUCUGCUUGAGAGGUAUAGCAAUCAGGUUUAUGGCGACAAAAUAUCGGAAGUGUUAGACAAGAAGAAAUCCUCUAAGAAUGAAGUGAUCCCAGAUGACGACGAUUCAGAAGAAGAAACUGGGCCAAUGGGCGUGGAGACUCGUUUGAAAGUCCUAGCGGUGUUGGGCGCGCGCGCGCCGCGCACGCGCACCGCGCUGCCCGCGGGGCUGCGCAGCGACCACUCCGUCGUCACGCUGCCGCCCGCCAGCGACGACGAGGCCGCCGUCGAGGUCGUGGCGGUGUUAGAGCCGGCGUCGGUAGCCGCGCAGCGCCUGGCACCACUGCUGCUGGUGCUGCGGAAGGUGGUCAACUGCCGCGUGCGGCUGUUCCUCAACCCGCAGGACAAGAACUCCGACAUGCCGCUCAAGAGUUUCUACCGCUACGUCCUGGAGCCGGAGCUGUCGUUCACGGCGACGGGGUCGUCGGCCGGCGGCGCGCUGGCGCGGUUCUCGCGGCUGCCGCACGCGCCGCUGCUGUCGCUGGAGCUGCGCACGCCGCCCAACUGGCUGGUGGAGUGCGUCAAGUCUGUGUACGACCUCGACAAUAUCCGAUUGGCCGAUGUGGACACCGUCGUGCAUAGUGAAUUCGAGUUAGAAUACCUACUACUGGAAGGCCACGCGUGGGACACGACGCUGGGCACGCCCCCUCGUGGGCUCCAGCUCAUCCUCGGUACCCGGGAGAAUCCGGAACUCAUGGACACCAUCGUGAUGGCCAACCUGGGCUACUUCCAGCUCAAGGCCAACCCCGGGGCCUGGAUCCUGCGGCUCAGGCCUGGCCGCUCCGACGACAUCUACGAGAUUGUCGGACACGAGAACACGGACACGCCGGCGGGCAGCGAGGACAUCCAGGUGCUGAUGAGCUCGUUCCGCAGCCACGUGAUCAAGCUGCGCGUGCAGAAGAAGCCGGACAAGCAGCAGCUGGAGCUGCUGGCCGACGCCGACGACGGCAACGCACCUGGCAUCUGGAACUCCAUCGCGAGUUAUUUCAGUUCGUUCGGCGGCGGCGACGAGUCGGACGCCCAGGACGAGACCAUCAACGUGUUCUCUGUGGCGUCGGGUCACCUCUACGAGCGGUUCCUGCGCAUCAUGAUGCUGUCCGUGCUCAAGAACACCAAAUCACCAGUCAAGUUCUGGUUCCUUAAGAACUAUCUCAGUCCAUCCCUCAAGGAUAUACUUCCAUAUAUGGCGCGGGAGUACGGCUUCGAAUACGAACUAGUGCAGUACCAAUGGCCACGAUGGCUCCAACGACAGAGAGACCGCCAGCGCACCAUAUGGGGGUACAAGAUUCUGUUCCUGGACGUGCUGUUCCCGCUGCACGUCAAGAAGAUCAUAUUCGUCGAUGCUGACCAGAUUGUACGCGCUGACUUGAAGGAGCUAGUUGAAUUGGACUUGGGCGGAGCUCCGUACGGCUACACACCGUUCUGUGAUAGCAGAAAAGAAAUGGAAGGCUUCCGAUUCUGGAAGCAAGGCUACUGGCGCAACCACUUGCAGGGUCGCAGCUACCACAUCAGCGCGCUGUACGUGGUGGAUCUCAAACGGUUCCGGCGCAUCGCGGCCGGCGACCGCCUGCGGGGCCAGUACCAGGCCCUGAGCCAAGACCCCAACAGUCUCUCUAACUUAGAUCAAGACUUGCCGAACAACAUGAUCCACCAAGUGGCGAUAAAGUCGUUGCCGCAGGAGUGGCUGUGGUGCGAGACGUGGUGCGACGACAACUCCAAGAAAUACGCCAAGACUAUUGAUCUCUGCAACAACCCAAUGACGAAAGAGGCCAAGCUGUCUGCGGCAAUGCGCAUCGUUCCCGAAUGGAAGACGUAUGAUGAUGAGGUCCGGGCAUUACAGGCCAGAGUGCGGCGAGGGCUUUAUCACACCACCGACGCUGAACAGGAAAUCGAAAGUGGACACCAUGAAGAUAUUUCACAAGAAAACCAAAUAAAAAAAGACCACGAUCAACACACGGAGUUAUGAUUAACCAAAAUCAAUAUUACCAUCUAGUUUAAUACAUUUUUGUUGAACGUUAUUUUUUAAGUGGUAGGUAAAAUGUGCAACCAGUUUGUAUGUGUACGCGCUCAAUGACGGUUGUAGAACGGUGAAUGAAUGUUUAAUUUGUGAAAUGUGGCGAGAGUGCCAUCCUUCAUAGUAUGUUGUGAAAUGUUCAAAUAAAAUGCUCGUUCCCUAUGAAUAGUAAAUGUAGCACUAAUUUCAUCAGUUAGUUUUGAAAUUACUUAUUUUCAAGCAUUGUCUGCUUAGUGCAAUUUAACUUAUUAAGUCAUAAGGAAAAUGAUGUGAUUUUUUUAUAUAAGAAGAGGGUCAUAUUUACGGAUUUAUUCAAAACAAUUUCACGUUACUGUUAUUUACAAUCAUGUAUUUUUGUGAUUAUUUCCUUUUAUGGACGAUUCCAUUAUAGCUUAAGGAUAAAUUAUCCAGGAUCUCAAAAAUGAGUGUUUUUAUAAACAAUAUCCUUUCUAAAUAGAUUUUUUAUAAAGUAAUGGAAAUUUAUCCUAAUAAUUGCUUUAUGAUUGAAGCGAACAUAUAUGACAAUUACAUAUUGCUAGGUAAUAAGGUAAAUAGACCCUAGAUUUAAAAAAUAAAUGUAAAAGUUUUUAGACCAAAAUUAUGUUUUGUAUAAAGUGUCACUCGUCAACUAUGUCAUAAUAUUGGUACAUUUCUGUAAAUACAAUUCCUAAACCAGUCUAAA